GCAUUAGAGCUUGUCCCUUCGGGGACAUCCGAUAAAAUUGGAACGAUACAGAGAAGAUUAGCAUGGCCCCUGCGCAAGGAUGACACGCAUAAAUCGAGAAAUGGUCCAAAUUUUUUUUAUAUAUAUUUUUAAAAGUUUAAUAAAAUAAACUUAACUUUUUUUUUUUUUUUCUUCAAAGACGUCAUUAGCCUCUUCGCAGCAGUCUAUGCAUCCCUUCUUCACCUUCGUCUCAGAUUCAUCUUCCAGAUCGUCCAAAAACUUCCCCAAUCACACAGCCAUGAAAACCACACCUCAAAAUUUCCAGAUUUUCUUGCAAUCUCCAGACCUCGGAAUUGCUACGCGUGCCCUGAUUUUUCAAAACCCUAACCCUAAUCUCACCCUCCACCACCUUAAGUCCUCUAUUUUCCCCGCAGCUUCGAUCCCGGAGGGUUCCUCCUUCUUCACUCUCAAUGGAAAGCCGCUCUCCGAUUCCACUCCCCUCCUGCAAAACCGCCAAAUCACCCCGUUCUCCACCCUAACCCUCCACAUCCGGUUUCAUGGCGGCGGCGGCGACGGGGGCGCCACGGGCGCGGAGUCGCGGGACUGUUAUCUGAAGAUGUACGCCGUGAAGAAGCCCGACAAGGUCGAUCCGCAUGAGCAGCGCCUUUCCAAGUGGCUCAAUUGCAGUUUAUCGAACGAGCCGCUAAGGCCACCGGUGGUGAUCGAUGCAUUGGGGAAUUUUUUCAAUAAAGAGGCUUUGGUUGAAGCUCUGUUGAAGAAGAACAUGCCUAAGCAGUUUUGGUACAUUAAGGGUUUGAAGGAUAUGAUCACGGUGGAGCUGACGGAGAGCCCGGGAGCUAAGGAAGAUGGGGAGGCGAAGUUCCAGUGCCCAAUUACGGGCCUCGAAUUCAACGGGAAGUACAAAUUCUUCGCGCUCAGGAGCUGCGGCCAUGUUUUGAGUGCCAAGGGUUUUAAGGAGGUGAAAUCUUCGGCUUGCUUGAUUUGUCACCGGGAAUUUGUGGAGAGUGAUAAAAUUGUUAUCAAUGGGACUGAAGAGGAGGUAAAGGAAUUGUGGGAGAAGAUGCUGGCGGAUAAAAAGGUAAAAGAAAAUAGCAAGAAAUCGAAGAAGCUCAAGAACGGAGAGGAGGUGGGGCGAUUGACUGGGACGAAACAUGGUAUUGAGGCUAAUGGAUCACAGAAUAAAGCCAAGGCGGCGAAUAAGAAGUUUAAGGUUGCUGAUUUGGCUCCUGCUCAUGCCACCAAGGAAAUCUAUACUUCGCUCUUCACUUCAUCGAAGAAGCAAGAUUUCAAAGAGACAUAUAGUUGCAGAUCUUUGCCGCUUGGUCGGAACUGAAAGCUGGUUUCCUAAGGUGGUUUUCAGUGCCUCUUGCUGUUUGUUAUGUAAAUCUAAAGAUGUUCAUUGCUCAUAUCUAUAGAGGGCUUGAUUGUUCUGUCUUUGGAUGAUACUAAUUCUGAUAUUGCUCUUACACUAUUGAAACUGGGGUGAUUUAUUAACUUAUAUUGCUUUUUUGUGAGUUUA